UUGUAACAUUUGCAAGCUAAGCAAGGAGAGAGCUAGUACGUAGAACAAGUCAAUCGAUAUUACCAACAACUCGCAGCGAAAACAUGAAAGCCAUUACUCAACCUUGUGUAAGACCAGUGGAACUCGGCAUGAAGAAGGAUUCCAUGAAAGUGAUGAAGAAAGUAGACGACUGUGCCGCAGAAAUGCAGGCGUGCUUCUCUAAACUGAAGGAAUUAGUACCGUCUGUGCCACAAGACAAGAGGCUAUCCAAGACCCAGUUGUUGCAACAUGUGAUUGAUUAUAUUUUGGACUUGGAGACAGCCCUUGACUUCAACCCUGCUGUGCUAACCGAGCCUCUACCCAGUGUUAACCGGGCCCCACUCUCAGAAAAACCCGAGCCAAACACUAUUCAGGCCUUUACUCAGAUGGCUGUCUCGAUGGAUCAAGACGAAUCCUGCGAUUCAAAGUAAAGUGAACCCGUGUCUCCCUUUGCGGAUGUGAACUAACAAUCGCAUUGGAACCCCAAAUUUUCCAUGCGAGUUGCCACAUUUGAACGGAGCCUUAUGAACAAAUAAAAGCAUGAGAACUCCAAGGAUGAAACCGAGUUGGUCAACUUCAAGCACGACGAAAAAUGCUGGUCACCAGAGGAGGAAAAAAAAGUCGGGAAAAAAUAAAAGCGGUCCCAACCUUGGUGAAAAUGCAGCUUAUGUGAAGUAGUGACAUUUUAGUACCAACCCUUCGUUGGACUUCAGUUGUAUAUACGUUUACAUUUUCUUUUGUCACUACUACUCUUACGAUUCGUGCCGAGUGGACAAUUAGUGACCAAUCCUCGGACAGAAUUCUGUACAUAGUGGACAGAAAGCAUGAACUUGGCGACGCCGAACAAGAACUUUUCUCUUGUUUAAAAAAAAAAAACUCAUUGUUAUAAUCCUGUAUAUGGAAGAACAAAAUAUUGCCACCGAUUCUGUAUUAUUUUGAGUUUUUUUCUU